CCAUAAAUUGGGGUGGCGUCCUAUGAGAUGAUCACAAUUGUUUAAAGAGAGGUUUAGAGACACAGUAGGAGAAGCUGAGGGCAGAUCGGGAGUGAAAUCACAAUGAGACGUUUGAAUACACCAACACUGUUGUUGCCAGUUUUGCUACUGUGGUUUGUGUGUAGCGUAUCUGAGGUGCAGGCGCAGGUAAGAACUGUCAAGCUGUGUGGCCGAGAGUUCAUCAGGGCCGUCGUCUACACCUGUGGGGGAUCCAGAUGGAGGAGGUUGAGCAGUGUGCAGGAUAUGGAAGCUGAGCCAGGGGUUUUAAAUGAUGAUCCAAGUAGCGCCGAAGAUCUAAGUGAGGGUUUGGGAUCUGACGUGUCUAGAAGAGACAUGAAUAAUGUGAUGACGAACAUGUGUUGUCACGUUGGCUGCAAGAAGAGCGACCUUGCGUUUCUCUGCUGAAUGUUUAUUUUUAUAUGUGUGUCUUUGUUUUCUUUCGUAUUGUUCUGUAUUCAUAUAAGGCUUCUUUAUAAAGUAUACAAUGUCUUAAUUUUUUGUAAGAAAAUGAUGAUGGAUAAUGCUCAUUUACUUUAUAUGUCAAUUUUUUUGUUAUUUUUAUUUAUUUUUUCUGUUAAAGUGGCAUUGCAUGUUAGGGUAGAAAAACAGAAUUUAAGGUAUUUUUAAUUUGUGAAUGUUAUAAUUUGCAAACCUUGUCAAUAAAUGUUGUGGCAUAUGCAAA